AUGACCAUGAGUGAAGCCGACCACCCAAGCGCGUCACCUGAACAGGAUGAUCCACCGAACCAGUGUCCAGAUGCGGAAAGCUCUCCAGAUCGAACUCCGGAAACUGGCUCUGUCUCCACUGGGGACACCCCAAAGACUCCUUUAUCUCAUAAUUUCGAGGAGAAAGAAAAACACGAGAACGAGGAUGACAGCGAUAAGAAGGACAACAGUGAGAAGGACGAAGAAAACGAAUUGAAAUGGACAGAGGACGAUUCUCUUCUAUUGGAAGAGGAAGACUUCGAAUCAAUUGCCGAUAAGUCGCCCUCACAGAUUGAAUGGUUUCGACGAAAGCGAGAAGAGAACCAGCAAAACGAACCCCUAGAUCGUGUCAUGUGCAUGAUCGGCCACGAAGAAGUCAAGGCUUAUUUCCUAUCUAUCAUGGAUAAAGUAAAACUUUUGAAGCGCUGGAAUAAGAACUUGAAUGAUUGGAGCUUUGACCUUGUACUCAAGGGUGUCUACGGACCAGGAAGAAAUAGAAUCGCGCAGCUCUAUGCAGAGUUUCUACACAGCGUCGGUGUCGUUCACAGCCUUCAAUUCGCCAUCAACGAAGGGUAUUCCCCAUCAAGCCAGGACUCCAUGGCCACAGUAUAUAUGCUUGCAGUACUCUACAUCUUCAAUCAGCCUUACGCUAAGCCAGCAUAG